UCAUGUAAACACAUUUCACUUUGUUUUUGGACAGAUAGACUGACCGACCCUGCACUGAAAAAUCAAGAUGUCUGAGAAAAAUAACUGUACCAACGGGAGAGCCAAACGACCAUUUCUGAUAGGAGUUGCUGGAGGUACUGCUUCUGGAAAAUCAUCAGUAUGUGAGCGUAUCGUAGAAGCCCUCGGUCAGCAGAAGCUGGACAGCAGGCAACGCAAGGUAACGGUCAUCAGUAUGGACAGUUUCUACAAGGAUGUUAUCACAAGCAAUGCUGCUCCGGGUUCCUACAACUUUGACCAUCCAGAUGCUGUGGAUGAAAAGAUGAUGAAACAUACUUUAUCUGAACUCCGAGCCGGUCAGCCCGUCGGAGUGCCUGUUUACGACAAAGUCAAGAAUUCAAGAACGGCUGUCAACCAGAUAUAUCCAACAGACGUGGUUCUUAUCGAGGGUAUCCUAGUUUUUUACUUCAAAGAGAUCUUAGAUAUGUUUGACAUGAAACUCUUUGUAGACACAGAUGCAGAUACAAGGUUGUCAAGAAGAGUCAUGCGUGAUGUGAAGGAAAGGGGCAGGGACCUUGACAAGGUGCUUGUGCAAUACGUCAAAUUUGUGAAACCUGCCUUCGAAGAGUUCUGUCUUCCAACCAAGAAAUAUGCCGAUGUAAUCAUUCCCAGAGGUGCCGAAAAUACAGUUGCCAUCAAUUUGAUCGUCCAUCACAUUCGAGACAUUCUCAACGGGGGCAUCAAAACAGAAUACCAGAAUGGAAAAGCCAAGCUCAUCGAUGGCCUUUCGACCCCCAUGCACAAUGCUACGCUAAUACCAGCCGUCCCGGUCGGAAGGAAAGUGUCAGAAUCAGGAGGACGCCCUCACUAGUCCAAGAGGCACCAAUCCCAUGCAUACUUCACCGAUACGUAUGCAUGAUUAUCAUCAGGGACAUUUCUUAUCCAUAGAAAUGAGGCAGUUUUGAGAAAGAUGUAUCGAGCGAUGAAUUUCACGGGAGCCGAGAAUCUACGUUAUCACCCAUAAUGCCAGGUUGUCGCUGAAGAGGUGCCAUCAUUUCUUAUACAUGAAUAUUUGUGUGUGAGUGUGUGUGUUUGAUAUGAAUGCAUGUGAAUUGUUAAAGAUUGGCAGAAAAGUCAACGAAAGGCAUGAUUGAUUUUGUGACGGCUGGUUAUGUGUGUGUGCAUUAUUUAAUUUGCCAAUCUAACAAAGUGUGUAUUAUAACAAGCAUUGGAAAGAGUUUUUUCACUCAUGUUUCCCUUGCAGAUUUGAGAACUCCUCUUGUUUUUGGCCUCUUAUAUUCAUAUUCAGUAUGAGAAUUCAGGGCCAUUUGAUGAUUUUUCGCAGGCUGAAUUUUACAGCAGUUAAAAGUUCUCUUGUUGUUCAUGGGAUACAAAUUCCUUUUG